ACUCAACCAAACAAACUACGCGUUUGCCUUUGAAUUGUAUUCUAAUUGUGUCUGUAAAAAUCAGGAAUGCGAUUGGAAUUUGCUCAUUCAAGCGAAAGAGACAAGGAGGCGUGUAUAUCAGUGGAGCUGGGAGAAGUUUAUUUCCUGAAAGGCCCUCCUCUGGGCACAGUACACGCAAUCCGAUAGGUCACAGCUGCCACUGGGACUGCUGUAGCUCUGAUGUCUACCAGAGACUGAAGAGUACACUGACAAACGGGCACAGGGCUAGUUAGCUAAUGAGGUGCUAAGUCAGCUAACGUGCAGACAAGCAACACUGCACCUUUCUAUUGUGGGGUAACGUUAUAAUGGUUGUAACGCAAAGCCAAAACGAAAAGGCUAGCAACAGUUAAAUGAAGAAGCAGGUCGUUAUUGAGGUUGUUUUUAAUUAGCCAGGUCUAGCUAACGCGGAAGGCGUCCCCACAGUAAUCAAUGGUUAGCCUAACGAAACGGACAUAGUUCUCUGCUCGUGUUAAAAGGCACUUCUUCCUGAAUAAAGGAUGUCUAAACGCCUGCGAAACACUGAGCUCUGCGCUGAUUGCAAUGUUCCAGAACCUCGCUGGGCCUCCGUCAACAGGGGUGUGUUGAUUUGCGACGAGUGCUGCAGUGUUCAUCGAAGUCUGGGUCGACACAGCUCCCAAGUCCGUCACCUGACGCACACACCAUGGCCUGCUACGCAGCUACAGAUGGUUCAGACAUUAUACAGCAAUGGUGCAAAUUCAAUAUGGGAGCACUCUCUUCUGGACCCUGCAGCUGUGAUGAGUGGAAAACGCAAGGCCAACCCUCAGGACAAACUUCAUCCAAACAAAUCAGAGUUUAUUAAAGCCAAAUAUCAAAUGCUGGCGUUUGUCCAUCGCAUGCCUUGCCGGGAGGACGACAGCUCGACAGCCAAGGAUUUAAGCAAGCAACUUCAUUCAAGUGUACGCACCGGGAAUCUCGAGACUUGUUUGCGGUUGCUAUCUCUGGGAGCACAAGCAAAUUUUUUUCACCCAGAAAAAGGAAACACUCCCUUGCAUGUAGCUGCAAAGGCAGGACAAGUGUCUCAGGCUGAACUGCUAACUGUUUAUGGAGCGGAUCCUGGAGCCCCCGACAGCAACGGCAAAACUCCCAUUGACUAUGCAAGGGAAGCUGGCCACCUUGACUUGGCAGAUAGAUUGGUGGAAAUUCAGUACGAACUAACUGAUCGACUGGCGUUCUACCUGUGUGGGAGAAAGCCAGAUCAUAAAAACAGCCAGCACUUCAUUGUUCCACAAAUGGCCGACAGGAACAUCAGUUUAGAUUUAUCAGAACUGGCCAAGGCAGCAAAGAAGAAACUGCAGUCUCUCAGUAAUCAUCUAUUUGAGGAGCUGGCCAUGGAUGUGUACGAUGAGGUGGACAGACGAGAGACUGAUGCAGUGUGGUUGGCUACACAGAAUCACAGCACUCUGGUGACAGAGACGACUGUGGUGCCUUUCCUUCCUGUGAAUCCAGAGUAUUCAUCAACACGAAACCAGGGAAGACAGAAGCUGGCAAGAUUCAAUGCGCACGAGUUUGCAACUCUUGUGAUUGACAUAUUAAGUGAUGCUAAGCGCAGACAACAAGGGAAUUCGAUAGCCAGUCCCAAAGACAAUGUUGAAUUUAUCCUGAAGAGUGUGGCUGUCAGGCAUUGCAGUGACAGCCAGGAAAAUGACCAGCCUGACUACGAUAGUGUGGCGUCUGAUGAGGACACGGAUCACGAGCUCCCCUCAAGCCACGGAGACAGGACAAAGAGCCUGGACUCUGACCUCUCCGAUGGAGCCAUUACUAUGCAUGAAUACAUGGAGGUGAAAACCGCGCUCUCCGCCUCUGAAGCCAAGAUCCAGCACCUUAUGAAAGCCAACAACAACCUGAGUGAUGAGCUGAGGCUGAUGCAGAAAAAGCUGCGCUCUCUGCAAAGCGAGAACUCCUCUCUCAGACGACACGCCCCCACCAAUAUCUAUCAGAUCCCCAGCGGGUCAGACUACCCCGACCCCUCCAGCCCCUCAGCCCUGAAACACCGGCAGUCUGCGCGGGCCAGUCGGCCCAUGUCUAUGUAUGAGACCGGCUCAGGCCUGAAGCCCUAUCUCCCUAAAGGGGAAACUCCCUACCCAGAGGAGGGUAUCCCCACCCUGCAACCCUUCCCGCCUCAUACGGAAAGGGGCGCUUUUGUGACCACCUCUUCAUCCCUCCCCUCAUUUCCAUCCACCAUGUCUUGGUCGAAGGACGAAAGCGCUCAAAAGGCCUCGAAGUUAGAGAAGCAAAGCAGCAUGCCGGAGAGUGACUAUGACAACACAUUCAAUGACUCUGAGAUGGAUGAUUCGGGUAUGUGCAGGAGAGGGAGGCUGAGGAGCAGUGGCUGGUUCGGGGAGGGCAGCUCUAUCCCAGAGCUGGAUGAUCUGGAGAUGGAGGCAGACCCCACGCUUCCCAGCACAGAGGACGUCAUCCGCAAAACGGAGCAGAUCACCAAGAACAUCCAAGAGCUGUUGCGAGCUGCUCAGGAGAACAAACACGACAGCUUCAUACCCUGCUCAGAAAGAAUCCAUGUGGCUGUAAUAGAAAUGGCGGCCCUCUUUCCCAAGGUAUGGAAACAAAGGCCACGCUCAGAGACUGCGAGAGGCUCUCUGCGCUUGUUGACCUCAAGUGCGUUCCGGCUUCAGAGUGAGUGCAGGAAGGCGUUGCCUUCCGAGGGCUGCCCAGCACCGGACAUGCAGCUGGUCACCCAGCAGGUCAUCCAAUGUGCUUACGACAUUGCCAAGGCAGCCAAGCAGCUUGUCACCAUCACCACAAAGGAGAAUACAAACUAGCAGCACUUACAGAGCUGCAAAGCAGUCAGCAUCUCAGUUUUGUUCUUGAAUAUAUUUUUUAAUGAUUCUUUUGUAUUAGUGGUAUAUGCAUGCAUUGUUUUUUUUAAUUUAUGAAUAAAUAUUUAAAGCCAAGCCUGGACAAAAUCUGAGUGUAAAAGGAAAGUUGUUAGUUGUUGUAAUAGCACAAUUUCUCUUAAGAUAAAAUAAUAACUUCCACACAUGUUAAAUCAAGCAGCCGGCCUGUGGACUGUAAUGGUUUAUAGAUUAUAAUUUGAGUUAACUUGCUCUUAGUUUCAAAUAAUCUUUAGUCAGUCCAUAAUGUAAAUACCUAUUAAGAGAAGGAAUUAUUCACAGUAAAUCCACAUGAUAUCGGUUAAUGUUAUCAGUUCAAAGCCAUAAAUGAGUCAUGAAUCUGCUGUCAUUGAAUGCUAUUGCUAACAUUCUUGUGGCUAAAGGAGCUUCCUCAUCAACAGCACUGUGCAAGCAUCAUCAAACUGUAAAGCUCAAUUUCCAAAAACAAAUUGACCAUUAUAUGUCUGCAAUGCAAAUGUUUGUUGCAUCAAAAAAGCUAUUUACAUGGUUUGUCCUCUGUCCAAGUGACAUCAGACAUGCAUCUAGACAUUGUGCCUCGUUAUGUGUGCCCAUUUGUCAAUUCAGUGAAUGCAAAUAACACUUGUUCAGGGGCCAAGUUGUGUUCUUCAUCAGCACCAAUAUGUUGUAGUGUUAAGUUUAAAUGGUCUGGUGUGUUUCUUCACACUGCACUGUAUUCUGCGGUCUUGUGUGCCAUUGCAGUGUUGGUGAUGUUAAAAGAUAUUUCGAGCUAAUAGCCAUACUGUAUGUAUGUCCUUGUUUUUUGUGCUCUGUUCCGUUGCUGCUACUUUUGUAUUUAAUGUGCAACAUCUGGGAUAGAAGUCUUGACGUCUCCCGUGUAAUUGUGCAACCCAACGUUCAUCCUCACCGAGUGUUUCAGAGUUUAUCGUCAUUUUGAAAACUGAUCAAGAUAAUGUCACGCUGUGUACCUGACCGGAGUGCAGGGAUGUAUGCGAUGCAGCUGUUAAGUUGCACUUCGGAAAAGUAAUUAUUUUCUAAAUAAACUUAAUUUAUAAAUA